CGGCGGGAUCCGACGUCUGCGCUGGAGUCGGCCGACUGAACCCAGCGCGGCGGCGGCGGCUAGGGCGGCGCGGCCCCGGCUCUGGGCCAGGACGCAGAGGCGAGCAGGGAGCAGCGGGCGGCCGGCCGCGGAGGCAAGAUGGGGAACCGGGAGAUGGAGGAGCUGAUCCCGCUGGUGAACCGUCUGCAGGACGCCUUCUCGGCGCUGGGACAGAGCUGCCUGCUGGAGCUGCCGCAGAUCGCCGUGGUGGGCGGCCAGAGCGCCGGCAAGAGCUCGGUCCUCGAGAACUUCGUGGGCAGGGACUUUCUCCCUCGAGGAUCAGGCAUUGUAACGAGACGACCUCUUGUGCUGCAGCUUGUUACUUCCAAAGCAGAAUAUGCUGAAUUUCUACAUUGCAAAGGAAAAAAAUUUACAGAUUUUGAUGAAGUUCGCCAUGAGAUUGAAGCAGAAACAGAUCGAGUGACUGGAAUGAAUAAAGGCAUUUCCUCCAUACCCAUUAAUUUACGAGUCUAUUCCCCACAUGUGUUAAAUCUAACCCUUAUCGACCUACCUGGAAUUACUAAAGUGCCCGUAGGAGAUCAGCCACCAGAUAUUGAGUAUCAGAUCAGAGAAAUGAUUAUGCAGUUCAUCACACGGGAGAACUGUCUAGUUCUGGCUGUUACCCCAGCCAACACUGAUCUUGCAAACUCAGAUGCACUGAAGCUAGCUAAAGAAGUUGAUCCUCAAGGUCUAAGAACCAUUGGAGUCAUCACCAAACUGGAUCUUAUGGAUGAAGGAACGGAUGCCAGGGAGGUUCUGGAGAACAAGCUGCUGCCUCUUCGCAGGGGUUACGUGGGGGUGGUAAACAGAAGCCAGAAGGACAUAGAUGGGAAGAAGGACAUUAAAGCUGCCAUGUUGGCAGAAAGGAAAUUUUUUCUCUCGCACCCGGCGUACAGACAUAUUGCUGAUCGGAUGGGGACUCCACACCUGCAGAAGGUCCUUAAUCAGCAACUUACCAACCACAUUCGAGAUACCCUGCCAAACUUCAGGAACAAACUACAGGGACAGUUGCUCUCCAUCGAACAUGAAGUUGAAGCCUACAAAAACUUCAAGCCGGAAGACCCCACCAGGAAGACCAAAGCGUUGCUGCAGAUGGUUCAGCAAUUUGCUGUGGACUUUGAGAAGAGAAUUGAAGGGUCAGGGGAUCAGGUAGAUACCCUGGAGCUCUCAGGGGGUGCUAAAAUCAAUCGUAUCUUCCAUGAACGCUUUCCUUUUGAGAUAGUAAAGAUGGAGUUCAAUGAGAAAGAAUUGCGAAGAGAAAUAAGCUAUGCAAUCAAAAACAUACAUGGUAUCAGGACAGGGUUGUUCACUCCAGACAUGGCAUUUGAAGCAAUAGUCAAAAAACAAAUUGUGAAACUGAAAGGGCCUUCCUUGAAGAGUGUAGAUCUGGUGAUACAAGAAUUAAUCAACACUGUCAAAAAGUGUACCAAAAAACUGGCAAACUUCCCCAGACUAUGCGAGGAAACAGAAAGAAUUGUCGCUAACCACAUUCGCGAGCGAGAAGGGAAAACAAAGGACCAGGUACUGCUGUUGAUUGACAUCCAAGUCUCCUACAUCAACACCAACCACGAAGAUUUCAUUGGCUUCGCAAAUGCUCAGCAGAGGAGCAGUCAGGUUCACAAGAAAAACACAAUUGGAAAUCAGGUUAUUCGCAAGGGGUGGCUAACCAUCAGCAACAUUGGCAUCAUGAAAGGAGGCUCCAAGGGAUAUUGGUUCGUCCUUACUGCUGAAAGCUUGUCCUGGUAUAAAGAUGAUGAGGAAAAAGAAAAGAAGUAUAUGCUUCCCUUGGACAACCUGAAAGUUCGAGAUGUGGAAAAGAGCUUUAUGUCUAGCAAGCACAUCUUUGCACUCUUUAAUACAGAACAAAGGAAUGUAUACAAAGACUAUCGCUUCCUUGAGCUGGCAUGUGAUUCACAGGAGGAUGUAGACAGCUGGAAGGCCUCUCUACUAAGAGCUGGGGUUUAUCCUGAUAAAUCUUUAGGGAACAACAAAACUGAAAGUGAUGAGAAUGGCCAAGCAGAAAACUUUUCCAUGGACCCACAACUGGAGAGGCAAGUGGAGACCAUUCGCAACCUCGUAGACUCCUACAUGUCUAUUAUCAACAAAUGUAUCCGAGAUCUAAUUCCAAAAACGAUAAUGCACCUUAUGAUCAAUAAUGUGAAAGAUUUCAUAAAUUCCGAGCUCCUAGCACAGUUAUAUUCUUCAGAGGACCAAAAUACUCUGAUGGAGGAAUCUGCUGAGCAGGCUCAGCGCCGGGAUGAGAUGCUUCGAAUGUACCAGGCCCUUAAAGAAGCCCUUGUGAUCAUUGGCGACAUCAACACUGCCACUACCUUCACCCCGGCACCGCCUCCUGUGGAUGACUCCUGGAUACAGCACUCCCGCAGGUCGCCCCCUCCCAGCCCCACCACCCAGCGGAGGCCCACGCUGAGCGCACCCCUCACUCGGCCGGCCUCGGGCCGAGGGCCCGCUCCCGCCAUCCCCUCCCCUGGACCCCACUCGGGGGCGCCCCCGGUUCCAUUCCGGCCCGGCCCCUUACCUCCCUUCCCCAGCAGCAGCGACUCGUUCGGAGCGCCUCCCCAGGUCCCGUCUCGGCCCACGAGGGCCCCGCCCAGCGUCCCGAGCCGGAGACCACCCCCAUCACCAACUCGUCCCACUAUAAUCCGUCCACUAGAAUCUUCUCUGUUAGACUAAACGAAGUAUCUGGCAUGGCAAUUAAUUACUAAUGAAUUAUGCGAAAGCAAAAUAUUUGAUAACCGCUGCAGUAAAUCAUGAGUAGUCGCAUGUGUGGACAUCAGUAGGCAAGUAACCGGUUUUACUAACACAUUCAUCACUCAUCCUCAUUGCUCAUGGUAUGUCAGACCUCUGGAGUUUGACUCUUGAAAACCGCUGACCCUUCAAGGCUUUGUAUGUUGUAUUGACCAAGGGUAGGUUUGUAUAUUAGCCCUAUACUUUGGGGACCAUUUGCCUACCCUGGCAUAUAUUUGCAAGGGCUUUGGACAAGUUUCCCAGGUUACCUACCAAAUGUAAUUCUUAAGAGAUAUGAGAUGGUGGGCUUAGACCUAAGCCAUACAUUUUUAUUUUCCCACAUUCUGUUUUGGCUGACAGAAAUUACGUUGUCUAUUAUUAAUGUUUCCACCUAUUCCAUAAUUACCUAUUUAGAUCCUCUUUCGUUCCUCUUUAUUUCAUAAGACUGCUAGGAAGUGAUUUUUUAAAAUUAGGAUUCCUUAAGAGUAAAACUUUUCCAGAAGCACAAGGUAGUUUGCAAAGGAAAAGUUAACGCAUUGCUUGCUCUAGAGAGCUUGUCACGCCAAUGUGUUUUGCUUCAUGCUAGAAGCACAUUCAACAGCGAGCUUGUUUCUCUGUAGUCAGUCAAUGGAUUUGGCUAGUUAGUUUAGAGUUCAAGGAAGAAGCAAAAUAUCACAUCUCUAGAAGUGUCUGGAAAAAUGUAAUUUCUUCAUUCACUUCUAUACUCACUUACUCAUAGGUUCUAGUUAAUGCUAAAAUGAAAGAGAUUUAAUUUUUCAUAUUGACCUAAUUUUAGGCAUGGCUAACUGCACUUUGACACUAACUCUACUUUAUUUAUUUGGUGGGUUGGAGCAAAGAUAUUUCUCUCUUUCCAUGCUAAUGUGUAAUUCCUUUAUGUAAGAAUUCGUCCUACCUUUGAAACAGUUUUAAUGUAACUUUCUAUCCAUUCUAGGCUUUCUGAAUAAGUCUUGAGCCUUGCUGUGGGAUAACCGUAUUUAAAGAAUGGGACCUGGAAUGGAAGGAAAAGUCCUUUAGGGAGCGAUGCCGCGGGUUAGGAGCAGAGCUCACAGUUUUACAGUUGUGCCGCUUCAGAGUCUCUAUCCUGGUCUUUCCAGAAAACGGUAUUAAGACAUUGAGAUCUAAAGCAAACUGGCGAUUCCUACCAUUUCUAAAAUUUGCAAAAGCGGUUUAGCCUGGAGGUUAAUAGUUCAGUCUUGAGGCUGAGUUUUGGGCUAGCUAGGACCAGACGAUUAGCAUGUAGGAAACAGCCAGAAGCCAACUGGAAUUUUGUCUGCUGACUGUUCCCAGACAGCAGACCAAGUACUCACUGAACAGUGGUGUCCCUCGACACUAUUUCAUAUUCUGCAUGAGUAAAUCAGGUUUCACCAACUGAAAUGUCUCCCUUUGAAAGCAGCAAACAUGAUUUGUAUGUUAACUUAACUUUAAUUUCCUGUGUAGUUUAUACCCAAAGCACACACUCAUAAAGUAUGAAGUAAAGACUUUUAACCAUUAUUAAAAAGAGAACUUGCCAAGUUGAAUGGCAUUAUAUUGAACUUAUUCUAACAGGUUACAGCUAGCUUACCUAUAAUAGGCAAAUAUCAGAGAAUAUAAGGUUUACAAAAAGAGCAUUUCAGCUUUUAAGUUACAAGUGAUUGUAUAAAGAACGUCACCCCUCCUAAGUCUUCUCAUAUGUUAUUUUUUCUCAUUGGAAAAAAAAAUUAACUUUUUGUGAAUGGAACAGAUGUGCAAGAUACACACGGUCUUUAAAAACAGUGUCACAGCUAAAUGGAAAUAUGUUAAACAAACAUCCACAGUAUAAUAAAUAAUCUACAGCGAGAUCUUUUCACAAAAUUCCCUCUUUUUAAGAUUCCGUUUGCUUCUUCCUUUGAAUGCUCUAAAAUAGGCAGCUAAAGGAUUAUAUACUUUAGGGUUUGGCUUUGUGCUAAAUGUGGUUUUGCAUUUUGCUGUAUUUCAAAAAUUUCCUUCUGUUAAAGGAAAAUAUUGUGGAUAACCACUGGUGUGUUCUUAGAUCAGCACAAAUCAUGUCAAAGAAAAUUGGAGAUUUGUUUCCAAGUUUCUUUCCACUGAUCUUAUGCAGUCAUAAACAAUGGCAUUUGUCAUCUUUGGCUUUUGCUCUCAGAUUAUAAUUCCAGUUUUCCUGUCCCAAGUGUCUCUCUUUGUGGGUAUGUUUUUGUCCUGUUUUACUUCUAAGUUAUCUCUACUAGAACCCAGCCUCCCCUGGGAUUUCAGCAGUCAUGUUAGAGAAUAUUUUCAGUUUGCUGCAGUAUAUGCCAUAUGAUUGGUAUUAAUCCCAUUUCCCAAAGGGUUUGCAUCCUGCUAAAAGGAGAUGUCACUGUGAGUGAAGUCGGAAGCUCUGGCAUGUGCGUGGUUUGAAGUGCAGCAUUCAUAUCAGGCCUUAAGAUGGGAAUGUAGCCUAAUGAGCUUUCUAAGUGUUCCCCAUACCACGUAUAAUCUUCCUUGUAACUUCCUCCUAACUGAUUGCUCUGACGUUGUCUAUACAGUAGAUGUAGCUCCAUCAUGUCUAGUGUAAUAAAAUAAAACAUAUGAUGUUUUUAGGAUUUGGAAAAAUAAAUGUAUAUGUUUAUUUGAUAGAAAAAUCUAUUUUAUGGUCACAUGUUAUGUCUUGCAUGCUUAUUGACUAAUUGGAAUAACCAUUUACUCGAUUGUGGACAGAUGAUUGAAAUAGUAUUGAUUUAGAACAGAUAUAUUGCAUUUCCUGAAAUCAUCUCCGAAGACUACUCUUCUGAAAUUGCUUUUAGCUGCGUUUUGUAACAUAGACGAGCAGUAGGGUCUGUUUAUUAGCACAUUGCCUACUAAUUCAGAUACAAACUCAUUCCAAAACAUUAUAAUGAAACCAGUACCUGUGAUAUAAUUAUAAGCCUUCUGAACUUAGAAUUAAAAAGUAGUCAUAUAGAUUAAUUUUAUGACUUUUUAGUAUAGACUGUAGCCGUAAUUCUCAAAUAUGAAAUGGGACCUAAUACCAGUAUGUGAUAAAUGUUGAUGUUUUCCGUGUACAAACCCAUUUUCUAUGCAUGUGUCUCUAUGUAUACAGUAUAUACAUAGUAAAUUUGUUUCUGUAUCUGUAUUUUGUGCCCCUUUGAGUAGGUAGACUUAAAAGCGCUUGUUACAAUGCCACAAGCAUGAAUGUGAUUGUAUGUCAUUGUAUAUAGAUGUAUAUGUAUGGGUGUAAAUAUUUAUGUAUACAUGUGCUUUGUAUGUGUGGGUAUAAAUAUAUUUUUUAAACUGUGCGAAUACAAGAGGUAGCUUUGAGGGAUCUGCCAUAAUACGUGAUAACAGUGGUUCGUUUCUGAUAACAUACAUGAGGUAUGCAAAAUUGUCUCCACAUUGUAAUUAUUCUGAGAGGCACAAAGCUCAGAAUUACCACGACAACAUGGUAAGAGUAAUAUCCACAAGCAUUUGUAUCUAAAUCCACAGCAUUGCUUUCUAAGAAGUUACCUUUGCCAAUAUAGUUUGAUAGGAAGAGUAAGAUCUGGAAACCUACCUUUAAGAUCUCUGAUUAGAAUUAUAAAUUAUCCUUGGAUUGCUGAGCUGAAUCUUAAAAAGCUAAGUUGGUCUACAUAGUCAUUUUUUCUCUAUAGUAAAAGUUAAAAAAUAAAGUAGAGGGAUACAGCAAUAUAAUAAAAGUAGUGGAUUUUUCUGAGUAAAUUUGCUAAAAAUGCAGGGGAGAAGUUACCUGAUACCGUAGAGGUAGGUCAUCCAUCUACUUUUUUCAGGUAAACAUCUGUCAUUUGGCAAACAAUGUAAUUAUUUGAAAUUGACAGGAAUUUCCUUAACAUUGAGAACAAAGCCUAAAUAGUAGGUCUCUGAACUGUGGAACUCAGUGAAAGAAGACAAGAUAUGAGACUCAAGCCAUGAGUUUUGCAUCAUUUCAUAAGAGGACUGCUAGCUGUGAGCUCAGAGUUUAGUGUGAAUAAACCUAGAUCAUUUCAGAGAAAUAAUUAUUAGUGCACUAGAUCACUCAGUCCUUUCCGAAAAGCUCCAUGUGUCUUCUAGAUAAUGUUGUCAUCCUGUCUAAUUGGUAUGUUUAAAAUCAUGUGGUGCUCUGUAUUGUGAACUUUAAGAAUAUUUUGAAGCAUAUAUAGUUAUGCAUUGCUAUUUGUUUAUCUGUGUAAGAAUGUGUGACUGUGUGAGAGCAAGAGAGAGGAGACUCAAGGGAGAGUCUUCUGUUCUUGUGAAGACCUGUUCAUGCGGGUGUGUUGGUGAGACGUUGCACCUCUCUGGUCUGGGGUUUCACACAUGGCUCAGCUCAAGGCAUUCAUUUCUUUUUAAUUUUUACUGUCAAAUUCCUUAAACUUUGCUCAUUGUGUAAUGUUUUUAAAAUGAUGAUAAAAGUUACUCUGUCUAACCUCUUGCAUUGUCUGCUGCCAAUUUGAUAAAAAUUUUUCCUCUCAACUGGAAGUUCUACCAUGACUUGAUUUGAGUUUAAUUUCUUAUGUACAGCCUUUGUUUUGCUUGCUUGUCUCCCUUUCUUUUCUCUCCCUUUUCUGAAUCAAAUUUCUCUUUUGCUUUUUUAUGAAGAAGCAGUGUACAGAAGCAAAAUCUUGUCUUCUCCGUUGUUUCUUCAAUUAAUUUGAGCCAGAAUACUUUUCACUGUCUUCUUAGCACUUUCAGGAUUUCUUAAUGCUGAUAUAUGGACGGACUCUGUGAAUGGAAUUUUUGAAGCAAGUUCCUAAAGCCUGUAUCAUUCUUGAAGGUCACAUGUACCUGCUGUGAAAAUGUGAAGCUGUAUUUCUGAACCUGAAAUAAAUGAUAACAUUUGAAGGA